GUUCUCUGAGAGAGCUAGUUCUCUUUCCCUCACAUUCACAUGUUGCCAUCCUGACGCGGACAUGAGGGAGUAUCUUCUGGUAUCUGCCGUUGACAUUAUGCAGCGACUUCCUUCCAUGCUGGAUCGCCAAGCAUUAUUCUUAUUUGAAAUGACCGUUGACGUAGAUGCUAGUGUAAAAAUUACCGCGCUGCUGUAUUUAACGAAGAUGCUCACCAUCGACCUCAAGCCCAGAGGUACACUAUCGAAUGUUGCCCUCUGUAUGCUUCGAAAGAGUGCGCCAAGCAACAACUCCAGUUCCUCCCAAGUCCGUACUGGCAAUCCUGAAGUAAUAGCUCUCGCUAGGAAACUGUUUUAUGAGAUCUCAAUCAAGGUCAAUUUGCUGAUGAAUGUCAUGCCGACAUAA